GAAAACACCCGACAAAACAGCUAAAAAAAUUCGCCUGGCUUAAUACGUGGUGGAUAGAAUUAUCUCUACUAAAUAAUUAUGCUGCUGUGCUUGUCAGUUAAUAUGCGAUACCAAGGUUAAUUCUUGUCUUGCGGUGUACGGACUAACCUACUCCAGAAAUAGAAUCCCUGCUGCCCGUCCACCUACUCUCAGCUCCUGUCCUACUGCAGCCGCCCAACUCCUAAAAAAGCCAAAAUAUACUUAUUCAGUAACCUUUUUCUACAAAAUAAACUCGUGCUCUAACCACUGAAAGUCUUACUCUUAUGUUUCAUAUAUAUAUUUCAAAUUGAUCCGUCGCAAUUUUCUGUGAUUUGUUUUGGGUAAGAAAAUAUUGCACAGGAAAACUAACCGUGUAUUUUCUCUUGUGUCACAAGUGUUAGCGUAUCCAGAACAUUCUGCAUCACAUUGUCCAUUUAAGGAUACAUCAAGUGUUUGGAAAGAAAGAUUAAACUUGAAAUAAUAACAAAAACGUCAAGAAUUUUCAACCUCACCAGUCCUUGAUUCACCAACAAGUAUAUUUAAGACAUAUUAGAAAAACUGUUGUUGUUGUUCAGAACCCGUUAAAAAUUAUUUGAAUACUCGGACCCAGCCAGUGAUGAUGGCCAUGAUAAACAACAUAAAAGAUUCCCGCUGGCUGCAGCUCGAAGUGUGCCGAGAAUACCAGAGGAAUAAAUGCACUCGUCCCGAUACGGAGUGUAAAUUUGCUCAUCCGCCCCCUAAUAUAGAAGUCCAAAAUGGCCGAGUUAUAGCCUGUUAUGAUUCCAUCAAGGGACGAUGUAGCAGAGAGAAACCUCCUUGCAAAUACUUCCACCCACCGCAACAUCUUAAGGAUCAACUUCUCGUUACGGGCCGAAACCAUUUAGCUCUGAAGAACGCCUUCUUGCAACAAGUGCCACUUCAGCCUGUUUUGCCUGCUCCUGCUGUGGUUAGUGGUGCACCCACCCUAUUGUACACACCACUAUUGCAGCAACUUGCGCAACAACAGCAUUAUGCAGGAAUGUCCCUACUCACAAAUGGUGCAAUAGCGAAGGCAACAACCAACCCAUAUCUGGCAGCACUUCCCACCAUGGCUUCUGCUGCAUCAUUCGCCCACUACUUGAAUCCAAGCCCCAUGCUUGGCUUAAUGCCUGCAGAUGCAAUGGCAGCACCUCUCAGCAUUGUCCCUAAUCCCUUUGUUAACCCACAGAAAGUAUCUCGAACAGACAGAUUAGAGGUGUGUCGAGAGUUCCAGCGUGGGAAUUGUAAACGAGUGGAAACUGAAUGCCGCUUCGCCCACCCUCCUGAGCAUGUGACGACGGACAGUACAGAAGGCAUGGUGACUGUCUGUAUGGAUUUCAUUAAGGGACGGUGUACGCGAGACCCAUGCCGCUACUUUCACCCCCCACCUCACUUACAGGCUCAGCUAAAGGCUGCCCAAAGUCGUGCUAACAUCGCUGCUAUGCCACAUGUGGUCGAGACCUUGAUCAGCAAGAAGCGUCCGCGUGACCCUGCUGAUGACCUGAUUCUGGCCUUUCCAGGAAUGGCCCCAUACAUGAAACGUCCAGCCUUGGACAAAAGUGGAAUCCCAGUCUUUCAGCCUAGUGCUUCUGCAGCUUACCAACAAGCAUUAGCCAUGCAUGUUCAGCAACCAUUUGUGCCUGUAUCAUUGCCAGUUGCUGGACAUUCAACAGGUGUGCCAAGAUUUUAAAAAGAGAAAAAUUAUUAAAAGAAUUUAUGAAGAUAUAUUUAAAGAUGAAGUUUGAUCCUGCAUCAGGUCAUUUGUGUGCCCCUGUAUAGGAAUGAGGAAGUAUUCUUUCAUAAGGGCAUGAUCUAGUUCUUUCAGAUGUCUCUGUCAUUGUGAUCACAUGUACAUGUCAACAUCCCUAGCCAGUUGAGUUCUGUGUCCAGGGGGCAUCACUGAAUGUUUCAUCUAUGCUGAAAUAGUUAUGGCAAACAUGUAGUUAGGUCAUUUUAGCCAUCCGUUGUCACUGUAUCCACAAGGCAUCAAAGAACCAAAAAAGGUGCAGCAAUUUCAAAUGAUCUAGUCAUUGAAGGAAUACAAAACCAAAACCUAAAGAAUUAGUUUGUAUAGAAACUUAAACUUUUUGUGCCAUUUUUAGUAUAGCUCCCUGGAUAAAUAAAAUGAGAAAAAUCACAUAGGUAAAAAAAAAAAAAGAUUCUUUCUGAGUUAAAACUUGAUAUAAUUUCUUUAUUUAUGUCUGCAUCUUUAAAUAAUCUGUAACUUCUAAUUUUAGAAACUUUGUUCUAAAAAGAAAAACAACAACUGGAAAUAUAUAUUUUAGACUAUGCAAGAUAUGAGACAUUACUAUGUUAUUAAGUGAUGGUUUUUAAUUUCUAGACUGGUUUAAUUGUUUAGAAGGUUUAUUAAAAAAAAUGUUUUAACAAAAGUUGUAAAUGAACUAAACUGUUUUCAAAAGCCUUGAGACUAAUAAUCAUACUGGUGAUACACCUUAAGGGAUGUUGUAAUACCAAGUCAAAUGUUGCCCAAGAACUUUUGAGGCAGUUUUAAUAGUGUAUCUUGUAGAAGAAAAGGCUUUUGGAAAAAAAAUGGAGAGGAUAUUUUUAAUAAUGUUGUUUUUAUAUGUCAUGUUGUUUUACUGUUACAAUCACAUCUUUAUAAAUUCUAGUGACAAAUUAUUUAAAAUGUUUGUAGUGUUUCUUGUCUACUAUUGUUGAUGGUGUUGGUUUUUAUAGAAGUAUAAAUUGUUCAUAAAAAGACAACUGAGGUAACUUCUGAUGCCUCAUCAGGCUAUUGUAGGAUAUUCUAAGUAAUGUGUGGUGAAUUAUUAAAAUUUGUUAUAUAAUGUAUAAACUAUCAUACUGUGUAGGUAUUGAGUCUGUCUUAAAGUCUGAGGUGUGUUCAACAACACCUUGAAAAGAAGUUAAUAACGUUUCCUAAUGCAUACAUUUAAUAUGCAUGAAUAACUGUGUGUAAAGGAGGCCUAAAGUUAGGCUUAAUGACUUGGCUGAUUGUGAAUUUGUUACUUUUUUCUAUUAAUUCUCAUCAUAAUGCAAAACUAAAAAUAACUUAUAAGGUCAACAUUUGCAUACUGCUUUAUUUGUAAGAUUACUGCUUGUACUUACAAGUUCACAAGCAAUUUUAAAGAGCUUCAAGUGUGUAUUACAUAACAUGAAUUUUUAUCGAGCUUAAAACUUUGUAUCUUAUGCGAGACUUAUUCUGUGUAUGUAAGUACCAUACAAUCUUUUUUGUAGAGUAGUUUUGUGUUGAACAAACCAUGCACAUGGCCUGCUUAAAAGCAUUAUGAUAAACAAUUGUCUAUGGUUAGUCGUUUUUUUUCCCUUUUGCGUAAGAAGACUAGACUUUAUUCAUGUCAGUCUGAAACGUGCUGCUUUUUCCACUGUAAAAUCUUUCUUUCAGGUUCUUUACAUUGCUAAUAUGCUUGUCCAGAAAAGUAAUAAACUAAAAAUUAUAUUUUACUAUAACUUCGCAGGUCUUAAGAACACUGUAUUACUGAAAUUGAUGAGGUAUCAUUAACAUUAUGAUGCUACCCACAAUCACACUAUAUUUGUUUUUAGUGAGUAAAAAAUUAAUACGCUAUUAUACACCUGUCUUAUAUGAAGUAAAUAGCAUGCCUUUGCCCCAUUUUUCAAUAUGAAACAAGAAUUGUUGAAUCUAAAUGAUUAAUCAAAAGUGUAAGCUUUCCAAGAUAAAUUCUAUAUUUUAUUUGUCCUUCUUUUAAGUAAGGGCUACAGAUAAUGUGAAGACUAUGUGUUUGAAAAGAUUUGUUUUAUUUGUAUUUGUACAGAUAGAUCAAGACAGCUGAUUGCAGUGUUACCAAGAUAUGUUUGUAAAUAUUUAGCUGAGCAUAGUCUAUGAUAUCUUAAAAGGAGCACAUUCCAACAAGAUCUUAGUGAUCCUUAGGUGGUGUUGAUAUUAAAAGAAAUAAACACUAACUUAAUUGGAUUCCAAAACAUUUAAAAGUAAGCACUUCUAAUAGGUUGAUCUAUAUCUAUCUGCAUAUAGUUUGAUAAGCUUGGCUGCAUACUUAUUUUGUUAGCAGGAAGUAGUUUCUUUUCUUUUCCCUUAAUUGUACAUUGGUCAGAGUGGCUGUGCUAGUCCCACUGAUUGUUUAUAAUUGUUUUCACAGUAGUUCUGUAAACUAAUUUUCUAUGAAUGUACCAAUUUUGGAUUAUUUAGAGUUUAGCUUAUUAGGAUAGCUUGUGAUUUCUGGUUGUCUCUAACUGUAGAGUUGUGUUUGUCAAUUGCUUGGGUGUGUGACUAGCUGUGGUCGUUAAUGAGCCUAAUAAUGGAUAUUUCCAGUGAUACGAGUAACAGAUAUGUUGACUAAUGUAUAGUCAACUAGCCUUGGGGAAUUUGUAGUUGAUUUAUUAAUUAAUCUAAAGCUUAUUAAUUCCAUAUAGUCUCAUGUUUAGUUUCCUGAAACACCUUGUGGCAGUACUCAGAUUUAUUUAUCCUUCAUGCUGAUCAGUUCUUUGCUAAUCUACAUAAAAGUAUGGAAUGGGAACAGGACAAUCAACCUUGUGAGAAAUGAUGUAUAUCCAACUCGCUACGAUCUGUUUAGAACUUAGUGUGAACUAGUUGUAGAAACCCAUGCAUGACAGACUUAUCAAAAAUAGACUCCACCCAACUUCUGUUUUAAGGAAAGUGAUCUGUGCAGUGUUUGAAAGAUGUUUAAAGAAAUGUAAAGGUAUAAGUUCCUGUUUAAAGUAGUUAAAAUCAAAGUAUUGCCUGGUCCCUUUCUAGUUUUAUGAUCUCUUAAUAACAAGAGAAAAUGUCUCUUCAUUCCUCAUCUUCAAUUCAUCAUAUGCAUGUCAAUAUUGUCUUGUCUUCAGUAGAAAUCAUCUCAUAAUGCUUUAUAGAAUUGAAAUGUUCUAUAAAUUUACAGAUAAGUUCAUUAAAGAGACUUGCUUUGCAUUAAUGUUAAUUGACUUGCAAUUGUGCUUUAUUUUGAAAUAGGAUUUUAUGAAGAUGAAAAAGCUUACAAUUUCAUUAUAAUUUUGUGUGUCAAUACAAUGUGUGAUAUACAUUCAAAGUGUUAUAGUAGCCAGUAUUUUCAUUGCUGCCAGUACAAGGUUGUUGAUUGUAGUACCUGUAUUUAAAGCCAAGUGUAAGCUGCAACAUCUAGACAUGAAGAAAAGAAUUAAUUACUCUAUAGCCAUGGCUAAUAAAUUUAAUUUAUUUUACUGAUACUCCUUAAAAUGGUAUACUUCUUUUCCUGUACAUGUGUGCAGUAAAUAAACUGAAAUACUAAAUACAGGUAAUUAGUGAAAUCACAUUGUCAUUAAAUAUUUUUAUAUUGUUGACUAUAAUUAAUACAUUUGAAGAUUUUCUAAGUAUCUAUUUAUUUUGUAAAAUCAAAUCCUUCUAUGUUUUUUUAAGAAAUGUAUUCUUAAUUUCAUUUUAUAAAAACGUUUUUCAGAAAAACUGCAUUUUUUCUAAUAUAUAUAUAUAUAUUUAAUUGAUAGAAAGAAAUAAGGAAUUAGAAACUAUCCUUUAACAUCUGCCUGUGUUAUAAAAAAAUCCUUAACAUAUCAUAUUAAGGAAAUGUUUGGAUGUAUUAACAUUAGAUAAGGUGGUUUGGUUAGAAUUGAGUAUGUUACAUACAGUGUUAGAUGAAUGGUUAAAAUUAAUAUUUCCUGUGCUGGAUCUUGCUACUUUCACAUAUUUUAGAAAUUGUUACAAAAACAUUGUUGAUAGACAAGAGGAAAUAAGUCAUUUGUUUUAGAGGACUAUCAAGAUUGAAGGUUUUUGUUCUUCAGGAUCUUAGAAAUGGAGAAAGAACCAUGCUGUGACAUAGUUUUUAGAUCUUAGAGAAAGUGUAAAGUUGCUGAAAUUAGCAACAACAGAAACUGAAGUAUUGAUAUUGUUUAUUAUUACAAAUUGACAGUAGUUUUGUACUAGACAAGAGCUUCUGGUUCAGGCAGCAACUGUUGUUUUCACUUAAGGUCACAAGAGACAGCAGAACAAACUUCUGUCCUGGUAAAUUUUGUAAGAGACUUGUAGACUUAGGAAGUUACCCUCACACAAGCUGUAUUACCAGAAUGUCAAUAUAUUGGAAAUAAAUUUACAUUUAUA